GCUAAAAAUAUUGUAAGAGUUGUGGAACAAAUAACGGAAGAAGAUGACGACGACUGUGAACAACAACCGUCUGGAAGUGAAGAAAAUUUACCGUUUGUCUUGACCGAUGUCAAGAGUCCCACUGUUGCAGAAACGGCAUUUGUCGGCAACAGAACAUCGCCGUCUACAUCGAUAGCUUCGGCACUGAUACCACCGUUGGCAUUCAGUGCACAAGCAUUAGCAUCGUCAUUUACGUUACCAACAAUGACGUUAACUGCCGGUGAAACAAAACUGAAACAGAAUUUACUGAUCAAUACCGGAUCACAGUCACCGGUGGCAACCGAAUCACCACCACAUACACCGCAGUCCAGAUCACCGGCAUUAUCGCAGACGUCAAAUAAUUCUGCUGACUUAAUAACGCCAACAAAGUUUCCGUUACUUCAGUCAUUCUCAUCGACAUCACGAAAUCGUAAUGAAGGUGGGAAAUUGUCGUGUCCGACACCGGGUUGCGAUGGAUCAGGACAUCAAACGGGUCUUUAUACACAUCACAGAAGCCUUUCCGGAUGCCCGCGAAGACCGGAUAAAUCAACAAUUCAAAGGUUAGCGUUACAGCAGGACACAGUUCUACGAUGUACAACACCUGGCUGUACUGGAAAGGGUCACGUCAACAGCAAUCGUACAUCACAUCGAAGUCUAUCGGGAUGUCCGAUUGCGUACCAACAAAAACUGGCUCGAAAAGGUCUGCGACAUGUAACCCAAGACGAGGAAGAGGAGGGGCAGGAGCAGGAGCAGGAGCAGGAGGAGGAGCAGGAGCAGGAGCAGGACAAAGGAGAUUUAGAAAUAAGGUGA